AUCAUGGCUGAUGCAUUAAAGAAUGCUAUUGCUCAGAGUCUGGAGUGUCCUGUAUGUCUGAAUACCUUCACCGAUCCCAAGAUCCUGUCUUGUUCUCACACCUACUGCAAGACCUGUCUGGACAACCUCUUGGAAUGCCAUGGUAACGAACAGAUGCUCCGAUGCCCUGUCUGCAGAGCUGAAACUCAGGUCCCCAACCAAGAUGUCAGCAAAUUACCGGCAAAUCUAGCUUUGAAGUCUCUCAUAGAGGACGUAAAGAAUCAAUACCAGUUUUGCACGAAUUGUAAAUCCGAGGACAAACCCCAAGCUGUUGUCUACUGUCAAGACUGUGGCAAGUAUUUCUGUAGCACUUGUCAAAACAAACACUCUCAGUGGCCAGACUUCAUAAGUCACGAUGUCUUAGCCAUGAGUGAGAUCGUAUCAGGCAAUGUGUCAGUACGUAGAUACCAUAAAUGUAGGAAACACCCCAAAGAUGAUGAGGGGUGGUUCUGUUCCGACUGCAGAAGAUUUGCUUGCUUCAAGUGUGUUGUAAUGGAGCAUACAAACGAAGGACAUCGGGUCAUCGAGGCAGCUGUUUAUGAAAGCAACCAUAUGAAGAGUAACGAGGACCUCAAAUCCAAGGCGGACAAUAAACGCUCUUGCUUUCAAAAAUACGUUGAUUUCAUUGAUGAACAGAAGGAGCGUGUGAGCAAUGUUCAGAAGCAGUGUUCAGAUGAUAUCAACGAAGCAUAUGAAGAUUUAGUCCGGCAGGUGACAGAGAAGAAAGAAAUCCUCAUCAGUGAAGUCAAGGGUAGAACCGAAGAAGUAGAGAAGGAACUGGACGAAAUGAAGAAAUCUGUUCAGGAGCACAUCACAAACUUGACCACCAUAGCUGACAUGGUAACCAAAAGGACAAAAAUACCGUUAGAUAUGGAUGCUUUGGCUGCACACGACACUCUAUGUCAAGACUUACAAGAGGCCUUGAAACAAGAAGAUCCUGACUACAAGCAGCCGAUCCAAUCGAGCAGGAAAGGAAAAAGUGUCAAUUUUAAGAGGAACGCUGGAAUGAACGAGCUAGGUCUCGGUAAGAUCGUAAAUGCAGUUGGAAAGAACAUCGCUUUGCCCACUAAGAAUAGCAUGAAUGGCAUGGUUGGUACACCAGACGAUAGGAUGGCAGUGGGAUAUGGUAGUGGUGGCGUGGAGACCUUCUCUGCUGAUGGUCAGCACCAGCAGACAGUUCUCAAACAUGAGGAUAUUCGUGGAGUAGGGUUCCUCUCUGAUGAUCGGUAUGUUGUACUUAAUCGCUCAAACAAUAUCACACUGUACACACCAGAGCAAACAAAGUUGAAUGCAGUGUUUGAGACUCUGAGUCAAGACGAAGGUGGAUUUGCUGACCUCACUGUAGACGGUAAUGAUGUGAUCUAUGUUAGCUACAGGAAAGCCAUGAAGAUACAGGUAUUCUCACUAGCAGGUGGGAAGGCGAUCAGGGAGAUACCAUGUGAGGGGUAUGAACCUGAGCAGAUUACUAGUUAUAAUGAAUACAUGAUCAUCUCAUUUGGUAGUAAAAUACGAUUGAUUGACAAACAAGGUGUUGUAAAAUAUGAAUUAGCGAAAUUAGGUGAUUUCCCAUACGCUGCUGUGUCUCAAUGGAAUACAAUCCUGAUAGCCUCGUUGAAUUACGAUAUAGGUUUGGUCAGCAUUGAUGAGUACACUAACGAGCUGAAGCAUAUCCAGAACCUCGUCACUGACUACACGAUUGAGAAGCCUGAGAGAGAUUGGUACUAUCUCCAGCAGUAUCGAUCAGCAGAGAUCGCUUUCUGCACUCCUGAUAGACUCUAUAUAUUCCACUGA